UUAAAUAUUAUUAAUCAUUGUGGUUGGCAGUGUCGAAGGCAGUGGUCAAGUUUGCAAAUUUUCAUGUUUUAUUUCAAGUGCUAGUGAAGUGCAAAAUGGGUUUCCAGGAGUUGUUUUUAGUAUUUUUAGUGGUCGGGGCGGCGUCCGCGCAAAAUUUCAAAGUUUGUGGCACCACGUCACUACCUUCCUCUCUCUGUCAGAGUAUCGGCAAAGAUGACAGUCAGGCAUCUUGUGAAAUUGUCGAGUCCAGAUUGGACUGCGCCGUCCGCCUGGCUCGGGGCGCCGCUGACAUCGGCUACUUCACCGAAGAGGAGACCUUACUCCUAACACAGCAACAGCCCAAUGACAUCCAGGUUAUUGGAUCCGUCAGGGACAUUAACAAGCUUGACCCCUACUCCUUCGAGACUGUAGCUGUGGUACCUUCAAACCUCACCAAUGGCUUUGAGGGUCUCCGUGGCGGAGUGUACUGCCACCCUGGUCUCGACCAAACCGAGCUCCGGUGGUCUCCAAGAGUUUUGAAAACCUUGGAAGAGCUGGUCGCCCGUACAGACCGAUGCCCUGAUACAGAGACUGCGGGCAAGACAGCUGAUGAAUUAGAGAUUGACACUCUCAGCAAAUUCUUCUCUGCUGCCUGCAGACCAGGAGUUUGGAGCAACAACGCCACUGUGGAUGCUGAUCUGAAAUCCCGCUACCCAUCUCUCUGCUCGCUCUGCGGACCAGACUCCGGUUGCUCUCAGUACACCAUCAACAUGGGUGUCUCCAUCGCUGGAGUCAGGAACGAGAACCGUCACAUCCAGGCUCUGGAGUGCCUGAGGACCAACUCUGAUAAGGCUGCUGUGGCUUACGUCGCUUGGCAACACGCUAAGGAAUAUUUUACUAUCCGCAACCCUGGUGACUCCAACUCCUACUCCAUCUUGUGCCCUAACGGUUCUCUUGUGGCCCUAAAUGACGGUGUUCUGAAUUCUGCCACUUCACCAUGUGCCUUCGUGAGACAACCCUGGGGAGCCCUGGUAGCUUCCACUGCCUCUGCAACCAACCUACUGAACAACCUGAAGACCUGGUGGGCCACAGGAUCCGACCCCGGCGCCAACACGUGGCAGUCCAUCAUGUACCAGGUUCUCAUCCCGAUCACCAACACCAGGGUGGUGUUCCAGGACAGCCCUAUCUCAAUCUCCAACUAUACCAACCCAAUUCGCACAAUUAGCAACGUGGACUCCACCGCGUCGUGCCUGCCAGCUCGCCGCUGGUGCACUCUCUCUACCGCUGAACAAGCCAAGUGCUCCUGGGUCAGAUCUGCAGCCUACACCCUGGGCAUACAACCCCCCAUCUCCUGCCAGCAGCGAGCCAGUCAGCUGGAGUGCCUCUCGGACAUUCGGGAUAACAGGGCUGAUUUCGUAUCCCUGCCAUCAAACUAUGGAUACUUGGCUAGACAACACUACCGUUUGACCCCGGUGAAGCUGGUCCAGAACUCUCAGUCUGCCGCCUCCCGUAUCGCUGCCUUUGUGAAGCCAUCAGCCGCUACUACUGGCAAUAUCACUCGUUUCGAGAACCUCAGAGGGAAGAAGGCUUGUUUCCCAGAAUUCAGUGGACUUGCUUACAUGUCCUUCGUCCGAGUUGGACAAGACAGGGGCAUCUUAUCUGACACGGAAUGUGAUUACGCGAAGGCUGUUGGAGAAUUCUUCGACGGCGCCUGCGCCCCUGGCGCUAUUGACGCCUCUCAUGCUUUGUCUAACACUUCUAGUUUUGAUUCAUCUGUCCUGUGCUCAGUUUGCCAGCCAAGGAUCCCAGCGUUGGGCAACUUCUCAAACAACAUUUGCUCAUACGACUACAGCAACAAGUUCUUCGGUAACAACGGAUCUCUCGCCUGUCUUAUUGAAACUGACGCCGAUAUUGCUGUUCUGAACAUUGCUAAUAUUGCCAGUAACAUCAAAGCUUUAGGUUACCAAGAGAACCAGUUCAGAGCUCUUUGUCGUAACAAUUCCCUUGCUCAAGAACCUGGUAUUAACAUCGACGAUGGUUGUCUGUUGUCCUACGUGGUUGACGCUGAGGUUGUCACAAGAAGGAACGACCCUCUCUUCAACAGCCUUAACGUGCUUCUGGACUCCCUGGGCAACUACUUCGGAUACACCGCUGCGUCUGGCAACCAGCUCAUCAACUUAGAAAUAUUCUCGCCUUUCGACGGAGUCAGCGACUUGUUAUUCAAAGAUUCCACAAUCGGUCUCACAGAACCAACUAGCAGAUCAUCUCACGAACCAGCGAGGAACUACAUCGACUUAGUGAGACAUUUGCAGGCCUGCACGGGAACCGCGCCCCCGAUUCCCGGAUUGGCCAGCCGCAGUCUGUUUUCGAUCAUCACUUUAAUCACAAUGGCGCUUCUUACAAGAUUCGUCAUUUACUAAUUUUGUUUGUGUAUCCGAACUUAGUUUAGGUUUUUGACAGCUGACAGCUGUUCCGGCGGGAAUCGUUGUUCUGCGGGUUGUCGCUGGCAUUUGUAAUAUGACAAAAAUGUUUAAUUUAAGUAUGGAUGUUAAAUUUUGCUUUUAUUUAAAUGUUCUUAUCUGUAACGGGCACAUGAUGACUUAAAAUCCUAAGUACCUAUUCAAGCUAAAUAUUCCAUAGCGACAAAUAAAGCGAUUAUAAUCUAAUAACU